GGGCCAGCCCGGAAGCGGAAGCCGCGCGGGGAAACGGAAAAGCCCGGAGCCGGUUCCCAGCGCGGGCGUCCCGCUCCCCGGGCAGCGGCGCCCUCCACCCCAGCCCGGGUAGCCAAACAGAUACAACCUUCGGUAAUUAAUUGCAUCCGGCACAAGAGAUGAUAUAUUUGAGAUGAUCUAUUUGCCGGCUCGAUUUCUCCACGGUGGAAGUCAUCCAGUUCCUUCCAGAAACAGUUCCUUGCUUCCGUGACUCACCCGAAGUGAAGGUCUGAUGGACAGACAUUUUCCGUCAACAUUGCGGCUGUUUUCUUUUAUGUGGAAGGUGGGAGACAAGGCCACCCAUUACCUGCUUUGGUGACUAGCACUGUGCCACUCCGUUCUCGGAACAUGGGCCCUCGUUUAAAGCUGCAGCUGUGAUCCUCGGCUGUCUGUGGGCUUCGAAGGGACCUGAUGUUUUACGUUAUUGGCGGAAUCACAGUGUCUGUGGUUGCAUUCUUCUUCACAAUUAAGUUCCUCUUUGAGCUCGCCGCCCGCGUAGUCAGCUUCCUCCAGAAUGAGGACCGUGAGCGGCGAGGGGACCGGACUAUCUAUGACUACGUGCGGGGAAAUUACCUGGAUCCCCGGUCAUGCAAAGUCUCCUGGGAUUGGAAGGACCCCUAUGAGGUGGGCCACAGCAUGGCCUUCCGAGUGCAUUUAUUCUACAAGAACGGGCAGCCUUUCCCCGCACAUCGGCCCGUGGGACUGAGAGUUCACAUCUCUCACGUGGAGCUGGCAGUGGAAAUCCCAGUGACCCAGGAAGUCCUCCAGGACCCCAGUUCCAACGUGGUCAAGGUGGCCUUCACUGUCCGCAGGGCCGGGCGCUACGAGAUCUCUGUGAAGCUUGGCGGGCUGAAUGUGGCCUAUAGUCCCUACUACAAGAUCUUCCAGCCUGGCGUGGUGGUUCCUUCCAAAACCAAAAUAGUGUGCCAUUUUUCUACUCUUGUGUUGACCUGUGGGCAGCCACACACCCUUCAAAUAGUGCCCCGAGAUGAGUAUGACAACCCUACCAACAAUUCCACGUCUCUGAGAGAUGAGCUCAGUUACAGCCUCGCCAUUCAUGAGCUUGGUCCUCAAGAAGAAGAGAGCGCCGGUGUCCCCUUUGAGAAGUCGGUGUCGUCCAACAGGCAGACGUGCCAGGUGUUCUUGAGACUCACCCUCCACUCUCGUGGGUGCUUCCAUGCCUGCAUUUCAUACCAAAACCAGCCCAUCAAUAAUGGCGAAUUUGACAUCAUUGUGCUAAGUGAGAGCGAGAAGAAUAUUGUCGAACGAAACGUGUCCACCUCGGGAGUGAGCAUUUACUUCGAGGCUUACCUUUACAAUGCCAACAACUGCGCCAGCACGCCCUGGCACCUGCCCCCCAUGCACACGAGCUCCUUCCAGCGCCGGCCUUCCACGGCCAUCGAGGAGGAAGAGGAAGACUCUCCCUCCGAGUGUCAUACCCCCGAGAAGGUGAAGAAACCCAAGAAGGUCUACUGCUAUGUGUCACCAAAGCAAUUCUCAGUGAAGGAAUUCUACCUGAAAAUCAUCCCCUGGCGCCUGUACACCUUCCGGGUAUGCCCCGGAACAAAAUUUUCCUAUCUUGGCCCUGACCCUGUCCAUAAACUCCUCACGCUGGUGGUGGAUGAUGGCAUUCAGCCUCCUGUGGAGCUCAGCUGUAAGGAGAGGAAUAUUCUAGCAGCCACUUUCAUCCGCUCUCUCCAUAAGAACAUCGGAGGCUCUGAGACCUUUCAGGACAAGGUGAACUUUUUCCAGAGAGAGCUUCGACAGGUACAUAUGAAAAGGCCACAUUCCAAGGUCACUCUGAAGGUCAGCAGACACGCCUUGUUGGAAUCGUCUCUGAAAGCCACUCGGAAUUUCUCCAUCGCAGAUUGGAGCAAGAACUUUGAAGUGGUUUUCCAGGAUGAGGAAGCGCUCGACUGGGGAGGGCCUCGUCGGGAGUGGUUUGAGCUGAUCUGCAAAGCACUAUUUGAUACCACCAAUCAGCUCUUCACCCGGUUCAGUGACAACAACCAAGCAUUAGUGCACCCCAACCCCAGUCGCCCCGCCCACCUGCGCUUGAAGAUGUAUGACUUUGCGGGGCGGCUGGUGGGCAAGUGUCUUUAUGAAUCCUCCCUCGGAGGAGUCUAUAAGCAGUUGGUUCGAGCUCGAUUCACCCGCUCUUUCUUGGCCCAGAUCAUAGGCUUACGUAUGCAUUACAAGUACUUUGAAACAGAUGACCCAGAAUUCUACAAAUCUAAAGUUUGUUUCAUCCUCAACAAUGACAUGAGUGAGAUGGAGCUGGUCUUUGCAGAAGAGAAAUACAACAGAUCCGGUCAAUUGGAUAAGGUGGUAGAACUCAUGACAGGUGGCGCACAAACUCCAGUAACCAACGCAAACAAAAUCUUCUAUCUAAAUUUACUGGCCCAGUACCGGCUGGCCAGCCAAGUCAAAGAGGAGGUUGAGCAUUUCCUGAAAGGCCUGAAUGAGUUGGUUCCUGAGAAUCUUUUGGCUAUUUUUGAUGAAAAUGAACUUGAGCUGCUCAUGUGCGGGACCGGGGACAUCAGUGUGUCUGACUUCAAAGCCCAUGCAGUGGUCGUUGGCGGCUCGUGGCAUUUCAGAGAAAAGGUCAUGAGGUGGUUUUGGACCGUGGUCUCCAGCUUGACCCAGGAGGAGCUGGCUCGGCUGCUCCAGUUCACGACGGGCUCCUCUCAGCUGCCCCCCGGGGGCUUUGCCGCACUCUGCCCCUCGUUCCAGAUCAUCGCUGCUCCCACCCACAGCACGCUGCCCACCGCACACACAUGUUUCAACCAGCUGUGCCUCCCGACGUACGACUCGUACGAAGAGGUGCACCGGAUGCUGCAGCUGGCCAUCAGUGAGGGCUGCGAGGGCUUCGGCAUGCUCUGACCAUCCUCUGACCCUCCGGGGCACCUGGCGCAUGUCACCAGUGUCAUCACCGUGGACCCCGGAGCCACGGAACCGCCCGCCGGAAGGCGCUGCAUGCUUCCCCGUGUCUGGAGAGUCUGGUCACCUACACGCUCUGUGCUUCCUCCCCUCCCUGUCCUCAUUAGCACGUAGGCCUCCUGCUCGGGGACAGGAAGGGGGCCGCACUGCCGUCGGUCCGUGUGGUUCUGAGAGGAGCUCAGCAGCGCGCUGCUGCAGGGGCCGGAGGAAGUCCCGAAGUGGAUGCCAUGCUCCUGGGAAGCUGCGGGCGUCCUCGCCUUGCUCGGCUCCUCAGCAGCCCCCUCUGGGGCCCUCGCCGAGCCACCCGAGGUACGCACGCCCUUCCCGAGGGCAGGGUCACCGCCUCCUCGCAUCUGGAGCCUCCACUCUGUCCCUCUGCACAGUGACAGGCCCAGGCCGUGGCACUGGACUCCCCGUAAUGGGGACUGAGGGUGCAGAAGCCAGUGCUUGUCUGGGCUGUGGGGUCAGCACUGAAAGAGGAGCUUUGUCUGCAAGUCACUGUAACCCCUAAAAUGAACACGAAACUUCCAGAGUCGGAGCCGGGAGAAGAGCAGCCGGGCUGCAAAUGGGACAGGGCCGUAGCCCCCAGUACUGAGCGGCAUUCCCCUCGGGAAUCUGACACUGAUGCGCGGCCCUGCACUACGUCUGUUACACGAGGAAUGGCUGGGCGCGACUGCUUUCCUCCGGGUUCUGUGGCCCGUGAAGAGCUGGGCGAUGUGCACGUGUCUGCUGAAGAGAUCUGGUAGCGAGGGACAGGGACAGUAGGAAGAGCAGGCCGCUGCGCCCUGGCUCUGCUCUGGCGGUUCUGAGGCCACGGCAAAGGGAUCAAGGAGCCCAUCCAGGUCCUCUGCUUGCCCUGUUCGUCCCCUUCGCUCCAUCAGUCGCCGGCAUCCAUUGUUCCGUGGUGGUUAGAGAGGACCUGCAGCCUUCUCCCGGAGCAGCCCGCAUCCUUACCCACCCCCGUGUGAUCGCCAGCGUUGUCAGAAGUCAGAAUCUCACGCGCUCCCAAAUCUGUUUGUCCGAAGGCUCUCCUGCAGGCGACCGUCCCCCAUGGCACUUCAACCCCGAGAAUACUACAAGCCAUCUUUAUUGCCAAAACCAGCAAGUCCAGAGAUGGGGCGGGACUUGCGGUGAUGCCUUGAUCUCCUUGAAGCUUGUCUGAGCCUCCCUGUUCCAGGGACCAGAGGAACAGGCCCCCCUGAGCUGCUCUAGUUCCUGCCUGACCUCCGACCGCGCACUUGUCAUUUGUCCCUCUCGGCGUGUGUGCUGACCUCACUGGUAGUGGUGACCCAGGGUCCAGCAGCCUUGCCGCACGGUCACUGCUCUCCUCAGGAACCAGGGCAAGGUGCUGCUGCUUGCCCCCAGGUGGGGCAGGCCAGCUUCCUCGCCCUGGGCAAUGCCCCUCGGGCACAGAGGGGGCUUUCAAGCAGGGGCACCGGGACUGGUUCUGCUGUCUUUGGGUUCUGCAUGUCCCCUCCGAAGCCUCCGGAGUCCCUGCUGGUGCCCGCGUUGACUUUCUUGGCUGGCUCUGUGGUUCCAGCCCUCACUUUCACGUUGGUCACAGUGGCCUGGGUGACACUGCGGCGUCCCGCAGUGGCCUACAGCCCCAGGCUUCACAAAACCUUUUGGUACUGUGGUCCUUUUCUAUUCUUCCCGUUUCUUUUCUCCUAGCUCUGUUCCCAAAGGAUCUUUGCUUUUUUUUUUUUUUUUGUCCUUUUUCUUCUCCCUCCUCAACCUGCUUCGGCACUAGCCGUUGAGGGGAAAGGUACAAGAUGUCAGUGAGAGAGAAAAGUGUCUUAUUUUGUUUGGGGCAAGUCUUGAUUCACAGUUCUUGACUUGGGGCUGUUGUUUCUGUCCCUCUGGCCAGGGAGGGCCAGCUCAUCUCUCACAGAGCAGGCACCCACUGCACAGGAGCCCGUGGCCUGUGUCUAGACCUGCAGAGGCUGGACAGCUGCACAAGAGUGUAAAUAUUUUGUACAGUUAAUAAAUGAACUUUGGAAGGAUGAUGGA